AUGGGCUUGUUCAGUGCACUUUUCCAUCCCAAGAAGCUCCCAAUGCUCGUGGUUACCCUUGAUGCACUUGGAACAGUGUACAAUUUCCGGCAGCCAGUAUCUGUGCAAUACCUCCAGGUUGCCGAGAGCUGCGGGCUCAAAGCUAAAGUCGAUCUCAAACAGCUAGAUCGAUCGUUCAGAUCUUCCUUCAAGCACUACAACGCCGCCCAUCCCAACUAUGGCAAGAAGACACUCGGAAGUCCUGAGGAGUGGUGGACUAAGGUCGUCAACCGAGCAUUCGGCGAUCUCGUGGAAGGGGGAGAGGCAAUGCUGCCCAAGGACUUGGGGUCUGCCCUCUACAAACACUUUUCCUCCAGUGCUGCUUAUGAACCCUUUCCUGACGUGAAGCCCUUUCUCCAGAGCAUGGCUGCUCUGAAGAAACAAUACGCUGAUCCAGAAGGACCUCUUGUGGCGACUGGAAUUGUCACAAACUCGGAUCCUCGAGUCAGAGUGGUGCUACAAGACAUGGGUUUCCACGUCGGACCUUCGAGCAUUCCAGAUUUCGAAAGUAUAAUGAAGACGCACAUGGAUAGUCUCCGCGACCCGUCCAAAGUGGUCUUCAAUAGUCCCGUCAGAGACUAUUACAAUCCCCAGAACGACUUCGAUUUCCUUUGCACGAGCUACGACGCCGACGCGGAAAAGCCAGACGAGAAAAUCUGGCUGGAAGCUCUGAGGCUUGUGUUUCCGAUGCCUAUUUCUCGAUCUGAACAGAAAUCUGAGCCAGCCUCCAGCAUAACGGAAGCAUUCAGAAAGGUCUCAUCAGCUCUCAACCACCAAUCCGACAUUUCGAGGAUGCUGCGGAUCCAUAUCGGAGACGAAUACUCAAAAGACUAUGUCGGCGCCGUCGGUGCAGGGUGGGAAGCUCUUCACCUCGAUCGAGAGGGAAGCAGCUCCGGCUUGGGGAGUGAUGCUAAGGUCGUCCAGUCUCUCGACGAAGCAGCCAUGGUUGUAAAUCUGAUGGCCCGAGACUAUUUCCGUCAAAAUGAAGACUAG